UCGCGAACUUUCCAGCGCCGGGAGCCGGCAGGACGUGCUCGCCCGCGGCCAUGCGGCCCCUGCUGCUGCUGACCCCGCUGGCCUGGCUGCUCCUGGCCCAGGGCAAGGGCGACGCGAGGCCCGAGGACCUUCUCAGGAGCGAAACUCCAGCCGCCCACCAAGAUGCUCAGGGAGACAACCUUUUAGUGCUCACGGUGGCCACCAAGGAGACCGAGGGCUUCCGACGCUUCAAACGCUCUGCCCAGUUCUUCAACUACAAGGUCCAGUCGCUGGGCCUGGGGGAGGACUGGGACGGGAAGGAGGCGGCGGCAGGAGGGGGGCUGAAGGUGCGGCUGCUGCGGAAGGCCCUGGACAAGCUCGCCGGCAAGGAGGACCUGGUGGUGCUCUUCACGGACAGCUACGACGUGGUGUUCGCCGCGGGGCCCCGUGAGCUCCUGAAGAAGUUCCGGCAGGCCCGGGCCCGCGUGGUGUUCUCGGCCGAGCAGCUCAUCCACCCCGACCGCAGGCUGGAGGCCAAGUACCCCGCCGUGCCCGACGGCAAGAGGUUCCUGGGCUCGGGAGGCUUCAUUGGUUACGCCCCCAGCCUCAGCAAGCUGGUGGCCGAGUGGGACGGGCAGGACAGCGACAGUGACCAGCUCUACUACACCAAGAUCUUCCUGGACCCGGAGAAGAGGGCGGCCAUCAACAUCACGCUGGACCACCGCUGCCGGAUCUUCCAGAACCUGGAUGGAGCCCUGGAUGAGGUGGUGCUCAAGUUUGAGAAGGGCCACGUGAGGGCGCGGAACCUGGCCUACGACACGCUGCCCGUCCUCAUCCACGGCAACGGGCCCACCAAGCUGCAGCUGAACUACCUGGCCAACUACGUGCCGCGCUUCUGGACCUUCGAGACGGGCUGCGUGGUGUGUGACGAGGGUCUGCGGAGCCUCAAAGGCAUCGGGGAUGAAGCUCUGCCCACAGUGCUGGUUGGCGUGUUCAUCGAGCAGCCCACGCCGUUCCUCUCCCUGUUCUUCCAGCGGCUCCUGCGCCUCCACUACCCCCGGAAGCAGAUGCGGCUUUUCAUCCACAACAAUGAGCAGCACCACAAGUCUCAGGUGGAAAGCUUCCUGGCCGAGCACGGCGGCGACUUCCGGUCAGUGAAGCUGGCGGGUCCCGAGGUGCGGCUGUCCAGCGCUGAGGCCAGGAACAUGGGCGCAGACCUGUGCCGGCAGGACCGGGGCUGCACCUACUACCUCAGCCUGGACGCCGACGUGGCCCUGACCGAGCCCAAAGCCCUGCGGCUGCUGAUAGAGCAGAACAAGAACGUCAUCGCCCCCUUGAUGAGCCGCCCCGGGAGGCUGUGGUCCAACUUCUGGGGGGCGCUGAGCGCCGACGGCUACUACGCCCGCUCCGAGGACUACGUGGACAUCGUGCAGGGGCGGCGCGUCGGCGUCUGGAACGUGCCCUACAUCUCCAGCGUCUACCUGAUCAAGGGCAGCGCCCUGCGCGGCGAGUUGCAGCAGGCGGCCCUGUUCCAGCACGGCAGGCUGGACCCCGACAUGGCCUUCUGCGCCAACAUCCGGGAGCAGGACGUGUUCCUCUUCCUGACCAACCGGCACGCCUUUGGCCACCUGCUCUCCCUGGACAGUUACCAGACCACCCACCUCCACAAUGACCUCUGGGAGGUGUUCAGUAACCCCGAGGACUGGAAGGAAAAGUACAUCCACGAGAACUACACCAGGGCCCUGGAGGGGAAGCUGGUGGAGAUGCCUUGCCCCGACGUCUACUGGUUUCCCAUCUUCACGGACACGGCCUGUGACGAGCUGGUGGAGGAAAUGGAGCACUACGGCCAGUGGUCUCUGGGUGACAACAAGGACAACCGCAUCCAGGGCGGGUACGAGAACGUGCCCACCAUCGACAUCCACAUGAACCAGAUCGGCUUUGAGCGGGAGUGGCACAAGUUUCUGGUGGAGUACAUCGCGCCCAUGACCGAGAAGCUGUAUCCCGGCUACUACACCAGGGCCCAGUUCGACCUGGCCUUUGUUGUCCGCUACAAGCCAGACGAGCAGCCCUCGCUGAUGCCACAUCACGAUGCGUCCACCUUCACCAUCAACAUCGCCCUGAACCGGGUCGGGGUGGAUUACGAGGGCGGGGGCUGUCGGUUCCUGCGUUACAACUGCUCUGUCCGAGCCCCACGGAAAGGCUGGACCCUAAUGCACCCGGGGAGACUCACGCACUACCACGAGGGGCUCCCCACGACCAAGGGCACCCGCUACAUUGCUGUCUCCUUCGUCGAUCCCUAACUGGCCGCCUCGGAACCUGUCCUCUUCGUCAGCAACACUGCGCAGCAGCCAUGGGGACACCAGGUGCCCAGGAUCCUGGUGCCGUCUCCGGACUCUGGACCUCUCAUUUGCUCUUGGAGUGGCCUCAGCCGGGGCCAUCACUGCGUC